AUGCCAUCGCCGCCUCCAUCAGCCGGGAUAGAAUCGCCAGACCGACUCAACAGUGCAAUGGCCACAAAGAUCCCUCGCGGAGGGCCCCCGUCCAGGAUUGACCCAUCUGUUGCAAAUCAACCAUACCUGCAGCCCAACAUGCCAACACCAGCAAGCAGUGUAGCCCCGUCGCCUUCCAUCAACUCGGCACCUCGAUCUCCGCUGCACGCGCCCUAUGAUGCGCUUGACAAGGAAUCUGACAUGGACGUCUUCUCUUUUCCCAUGCCCGGGAACAGGUUACCGACCCAAGUUCGAACACCAAGCCCAAAGACAGACGGGACGGCGAAGUCAUUACCUCCAGUCCCCUCGUCCGGCUUUGGAGACGGCCUCAAACCGGAGAACAUUCAACUUCCACUUAGUCCCAUGCCUCCAAAGUCUCCGGAUACGAAUCACCACAGAGGAGACUCAACACUAAGCCACAGCAGUUAUCGGUCAUCGUUCGCCAGCAGUCGCUAUGGGGAUUCAACGGCGAGAUCCUCGAGCAACGGCUCUUCUCGUGGUACGCGAUCAUUUGGGGAAGAGGCACCACCUGUACCGGUAGCACCUCUUCGAACGCUUAGCAAAACCUCUUUCCCUCGGGACUCGAACCUCUCCGUGGUCUCGUCUCAAAUCAGCGAGGAGGAAGCAAGUGGAUUCGACUUCGGUCUUCCCGGCCCCAACCCGGCUACGGGACUACACGAUCUCCCGGAGGAAUCGCCAUCGGCCGAAUUUGAGAACAGCAAUGAAUAUCCCGCCUUUCAGCCUUCUACGCAGACUCAUCUCCAUCCUGCAGCGGCAGCAGAACCCACCACCGAAGCACCAAGGAAGAACUCUGACGCUAGUACGGCUAGUGCAUUGUCGGUGACAAGCUUCGCUCGUGCCCUUGGACUGGAGGAUCAAAUGAACAAGCCCGAAAGCUCCGUCUCGUCGGAUUCCUCGCCUUCUGAGGCUAGAAGUGGAAGCUCUGUGUCCAGUCUUCCCUCUGAUGCCAGUUCGACUCGACACAAAACCUCCGACCCCCUCAACCUCGGCGUUCUCGUUGAGGAACUUCCCGCACGCACCCGACAGACUAUCUUGGAACUCCCCGGCCGUAUGAGAAGCACCAUGGAAGAAGUGGAAAGCGUCCCACCCAUUCCCGCGGCCUUCUUCAGUCCGGACUCCCCAACCGACCCUUCAAUCAACCAGGGUGGAUUGUCAUUGAUUGCAGACCGAAAAGAGCCAGCACCGAUACCGACACCAUCCCAACCAAAGAAAUCUAUUCCACCUCAAAAUCCUCCAGCAACCGAACGUACAAUCGCUGCACCGACUCCGCAAAUCACCUCAACACCUCAGAUCCCCUCGACGCCUCAAACACCCGCAACACCUCAAACGCCUUCCCGCUCCGGCACACGUUCAAAGGGCAAAUGCAAAGGUUGCAACGAGACCAUCACCGGAAAGUCAAUCUCAUCCUCCGACGGUCGUCUCACCGGCCGAUACCACCGCGGCUGCUUUGUCUGUUUCGAGUGCCACUCGCCCUUCCAAACAGCUGACUUCUACGUCCUGAACAACCGCCCCUUCUGUGCACAACAUUACCACGAACGCAACGGCUCCCUCUGCGCCGGAUGCCACACCGGAAUCGAAGGCCACUACUUGGAGACUGUCGAGCGGAACCCGGCACGCGCAGACCGCCGACGCUUCCACACGGAGUGUUUGCAAUGUCGCACAUGCCACGUCCUUCUGAAGGGCGACUACUUCGAGUGGAAUGGCGAAGUUUUCUGUGAGCGUGAUGCUCGUCGUGCUGCGGCUGCUUCUCAUCCUCCCCCUGGGCCUGGUCGUCGUAGACCGACCCUGGGUUCCUCUCCACUCGCUCACUCGGGCCAAUUCCCUCCAGGUCCUUAUCCGCCUGGCCCCGGCCAUGGGCCGGGUCUUAGACCAGGUCCCCGGUUCCCGCCUGGUGGUGGUGGUGGACGAUUCCCUGAACGACGGACUACUCGGCUCAUGAUGGUCUGA